AUGCUGCAGCAGGCGCAGACCUACUUCAAAGACUCCCCAGAGCUGUCGGCCCCAGGGGGCCCUUGGGGCCGGAGCGCCGGCGAGUACGGCGGAGGUCGCGGCGCGGCCGCCGCCGCGGCGGCCGCUGCGCUCAGAGCGAGGCUCCGGAGUUCGCCCAUCGUGUGCGUGCGCGCGGACAUCGCGCGGCUGCCGUUUGCGACGGGCAGCGUCGACGCGAUCCAUGCGGGCGCCGCCAUCCACUGCUGGCCGAACCCCCAGGCGGCACUCGCAGAGAUCAGCCGCGUGCUGCGCCCCGGCGGCGUGUUUGUCGCGUCCACGUUCCUCACGCCCUUCGCGCCCAUCGGGGAGCUGCUCGGGGACGACACAGUGCGCCCGAUCUCGCAGGCGCUGGAGCGCACGCCGUGGGCGCGGGGGCGGGCGGCGACGUACAGGCAGUGGGAGCAGGCAGAGCUGCGGGAGCUGGCCGGCCAGGUCGGGCUGGCCUGGCGCGGCUGCGUCCGUGCCAACAGGUUCAUCCUGUUUGCUGCAGACAAGCCCUGGCUCGGCGGCAGCGGCGGCGGCAGGCCCGGGCCCCCAUCGAGCCUCGUCAAAGCCCUGAACCCCUUCUCCGGCGCCAACGGCACCAUCCGUUAUUGGGACGAGGGCGAGCUCGUUGACCUGGUCAACUCUGUCGGCCUGGAGGGUUACGCCCGCGACCGCGCGCGCAUGUUCGUGAUGUUUGCAGCCACGAAGCCGGGCGGCGGGCGAUGA